AUGAUACUUUUUUUAUGUUGGGUAUCUCUUUUGCCUCUUAUUUAUUCUUACGUAGAUCUAGAAACUAGCUUUACUAACAAUAGAUUCACAGCUGCUGACAAAAAUGGCUGGACCUUCGUUUAUAUGAUAGAUGCAGGUAAUGCUGCUACAGUAACAGGUAUGACAGGCAAUAGAGAUACUGAUUUAGAAAAAAGCUAAUGUUUGACAAGUGAUGGAUCUUGCACUGAUCCAAAUGCGGUUUAAUACUUUGGCUUAGGUUUGCUAGGUGAAUUUGCUGGGGCUUUUAAGGUAUUUGAGAAUUUGCCUCCUCAUUGUUAAAUUUAUAUAUCUGUUGAUUUGGCUAUAAAGGGGAGAGAAAUCUCAACAUCUAGAUUAUUAGUAUUGUUGGACAUUUUACCUGUGGCAGCUUACACAAUCAAUCCCAGUGGUGAUACUGACUUUUAUGAAGCAGUUACAUUAUAAGGAGUUGCCUCUCAUAGUUAUCCCUUUGUAUUGAUUAGCUUUCAUACCGCAUUCUAUGUGCUUCCUAAGUCUAUGGGUAUUCGCAAUUUAAAAAUCAAAUAUACGCCAUGUCCUCCUGGAUGCUUAAUUUGCACACUGAUGGAUGUUUAGGUGCAAUGUUCCCAAUGGGUUCUGGGCUAUGAGGGAUUAGGUUUGACUUCUAAGCUUCUUAGUAAUGAUGGUUGGCAAAUAACCAACUCCAAGGAAUAAUUUAAGAAUCUGAAUCAAGAUGUAAACACAAUCUCCUAUGUAUAUUGCUUGUCUCCAGGACUUGGUCCAUUUACUCAAAAUUAAGAUGUUCAAAUAGAUCUGUUUUUGGAUCCACAUUAUGAAGUUCGAUUCGUUUUCUACUUGAUAUCAAUAUAUACAGAUACUAGAUUCCCACCUAUGAUUGUCGUUCGCUUAGAUGGACUGGAAGUGUAUUCAUUAAAUAUCAAAACUACAAUUCCUCUAAUCAAUUUCUGUUAAUGGGAAGCCUAUAAUUAUGUAACUAGAAAAGAAGAAAAGUUGACAAGAAGAGUAGACUUUAAUUACAAAACCACAAAACGUAAGCUCAAUCUUUCUCUCAGAACCUAAACUAUUACAGUACCAAUUAUUUAUGAUCAAACCAUUUUAAAAGAUUUUUAAGUUUACAUCAAGAAAUGCUAUUCAGAACCGAACUUCCCUUGCGAUGAAUGCAUAGGCCCUCUAAAGAAUGACUGUGUACAAAAGGCUAAAGUAACCAACUUUUAAUAGAUUGCUGCCAAUGAUUUCUCAACAGGUCACGGAUGGUAAGUAAUGCUACCAGAAACUGGUGGUGUUUAAAUUUGUAAUGGAAGAUACUAUUUUGGCUUGGACUCAACCAAAAUUACCACCUCAUACAUUUAAAAGUCUUUUUCGUUUAAUAAUCCUCACACUGAUAUUGAAAUAUCAUUUAUCAUUCAAAAAAUAGAUAAGCACACCACUGAGAAGUUUCAAAUCUAUUUAGAUGACGCCUUGAUUGAAGAAAUCCCGUUUUCAACCUUUGAUAGUCAGUUUAGUUAUUGUGGUACUAGUGAGAAUGAUGGCUAACUGUUUUAUCAAAAGAAGAUUGCUCAUACCAGAUCAUAUUCAGUCAUUUAAAUGAAAUCAACUUAAACCACUACUGAUGGCCUUUUUGGAAUAUACAAUUUCAAACUCAAAGUUAGAAAUGGAUAGGAAUCUUAAGAUUUGUAUAAUGAUUUAUCCAAUAUCCCUAUUGUUGGUGCAACUUAAUGGAAUAAAUGGAUAGUUACUUAAUCCUCUAAUGACCUUAAAUAGUAUGUCUGUGAUAGUUCAGUUACGUUGUUAGGUAAACUCUAGCCAGAAAUGUAAAUCAGAAGAUUUGUCUAAAAUAUAGCUGUUCAUACAUAAAUUAGGAUUCAGUUCACUAUUUAUUUAUUCACAAGUAGCUUUAAUAAUAAAAUUUUGACUUUAAUCCUUAAUAAUAAAACUAUUUGGGAAUAAACUAUUAAUUGGUACAAUUAAAAGGCUUGCGAUGCCAAUUUAGAUACUUUUGUUGUCAAAGGAGAUAUCGUAAUGGAUCACGAAUUAGAUCACGCUUUCUUUGUAUGGAGCAGUAGUGUCUCAGAUCUAACUGCUUCAUGGGGAAUUGCAGACUUUAAAUUAUUUAUUUCAUGA